AUGUUCAUGCUUCCCAAGGGAGGACCGUGUAUCAAGGUUGACCACGGAACUGGGUUGGUUCGUUCGAUUCCUACCCCCUACGCCCUUGAUGUCGGUGUGAUCGGCCUCGUGAAGGGGCGACACGGGGGUCUUCGGCCAAAACAUGGGACGAACCCGCUUCUCGUCGAGCGCUUUGCUGAACGCUGCGCAACUUCUUUGAUUCUCAGGUCCCUUUUAUGCUCUCGAGCUCGGGCUAUGAACGGUCGUCAUUAUCGGUUGAGUCCCCGUCGCGAUCAAGUUGCUCGAGCACAGAUCGGCGAUCUAUUCAUCGCGCCAACGACUAUACAUGGCGUCCGAGCUGGCCUAUCGUGGGCAAGGCUGUCUUUCAUGCACUACGGCCGUGACCACGGCGGCAAGCACGUACGAGCGACUCCAGUCGUUUGAAAGUGCCCGACGGGUCGAGGACAUAUUGCAAACGCUCGACUGCUCGCUGAACCAUGCCCGCAGGUCAGUUUUUGUGUAUCCGACGACGGUUCAUCAAACUAAUGAUCGUGCUCCCAGAGUCGCCGGAUCUACCAUCAUGCAAGUGGCGUACGGGAGGAUCUCAUUUAUUGACAGGCUAUCGUCCGACUCCGGUACCGAAGCCAAGGCCACGAUCUCUUCGUCGACGAUGGUCCACUUCCGACAUGAAGUAGAAGUACAUGUAAAUACUUGGCAUUCCCAGUUCUGA